UCUCAGGCAGGGUAUAAAUUCGAGCAGCCAACUCCAAGUCCUCAAUGCACGGUCAGCUUCGCUGAGCUGUCCUGUUUGUUUUGGUGAAUGCAUUUAAAUGCACGCUGUUGUGCCACCAUGAAGUCUAAUUCCAGGGCCAUGUUCUCCGGCAGUAAGUUCAUCGUGAGUGUGACACUGUUUGGCCUAAGUGCCUUUGUCGCCGCUACUGCUGCAUACAAGCCGAUCGUCAUCGUUCACGGCUUGUUCGGCAAACCGUGCAACUUCCUCGUGAUGGCACGAAGAAUCGAGCAGGCGCACCCGGGCACGGAGGUGUCGACCAUCAGCCUCUACGACGGCUACAGGAGCCUGGCCCCCAUGUGGGAUCAGGCGCGGGGCCUCAUCCACAAGAUGCAGCCCAUCAUGAGCCGCGCUCCCCAGGGUGUGCAUCUCCUCUGCUACUCACAAGGAGGCCUGCUGUGUCGAGCGGCGCUGUCUCUGCUGUCUCUUCACAACGUGGACACCUUCAUCUCGCUCGCGUCCCCGCAGAUGGGGCAGUACGGAGUUCCAGCUUUGUUCCAGAAGGCCUUGCCGAUGGCCAGGACGCACGUCCACAACAUUUGCUACAACGGCCUUGGGCAGCGCCUCUCCAUAUGCAACUACUGGAACGAUCCUCUUCAUCAAGAGAAAUUUGAGACAAACAGCAAGUUCCUGGCAGUUAUCAACAACCAGACGCACAGCCCUCACGCCGACGCGUGGAAGAGAAACUUCCUGCGCAUCAACAACCUGGUGAUGGUCGGGGGACCUGGCGAGGAUGUGGUGAUGCCGUGGCAGUCCAGUUUCUUUGAGACGUAUGACGAACAUCUGGGGAUCUUGGGCAUGACAGCGCAGGAGGUGUAUACCCAGGACUCGUUUGGACUGCGCACUUUGGAUGAAGCUGGGAACCUCACCAAGUGUGUCGUGCCAUACGUGCGCCACUUGCAGUUUCCCUUUGAUCGCUACACGUUCGAGAAGUGCAUCUUGCAAUGGCUCACAUAAGGCACGCUCCGUCACAUAACCCAAGCACAUAUAGCUAAGCUUAAUGUUUUAACUGAAUGCAAUGUAACAAAUCAGACAUUGAUAUUUUUGCAGAAAUUUUAAUUUACGUAACAUUUUGCACAUGACUAACAAGAAAUAUUGUAGUUAAAUGUUCAAUUAUUAUAGUCAUUACAUGUAUUCACUAAUCAGGACACACGGUGUUUAACAUUUUCAUUAAAUGCUAUCAAUCUGGCUAUUGUCGGCCAUAUUGGCAAUAUUUGUAUCGAUAUAAAUCUUGGUAAAAAAAAUUGAACACAGUAUUAAUAAUGAUAUGCUUAUUAUCUGGAAAUUUGUAAAAGUAUUUUU